AUGGGUACACCCAGAGACUACUAUGCAGACUUAGAGCUGCCCCCGACGGCGGACGUCGCGGAGAUCAGGAAACAAUAUCGGAAACUUGCUCUCAAGUAUCAUCCCGAUCGAAAUCCUGGAAGAGAACAAGAAGUCAAUACCCAGUUCCAGAUCAUCCAGACGGCGCACGAAAUUCUUUCUGAUCCCGAAACGAAGGCGAAGCACGAUGCUUCUCGAGGUCGUGGCAGAUACACUGGGGCUUCGGGUGUAAAGGGCAACCCGUGGUCAAACGUGAGCGCUCAGUAUCCGCCUCCCCCACGACGUAACAACGCGAAUGCGAACGCGAACACAAGCGCUCGAACUACCCCGUCGGGCGCACAAAGAUGGCAGACGCGCUUCUCAUCAGGGGUCCCUCCCACAGCAAAGCAGUAUGCAGCAGCGGAUGCUGAAUCGAAGAAGAACGCUGCUCGAGCGUUCGAGAAUAUGCGAAAGGGCGCAUCGGCAAAGACCAGUGAACAGACACGACCUCCCCCUCCACCUCCCCCACCACGGACUGAAUCUGCUAGGCAACGUGCUGAGGCUUCUUUUGGUGCAAGAAAGACAGGAUUCCAUCCUCGGACGACAACGGGUGAUGAGCCACCUGUUUCAAGCAGCAACUAUAGCUCAAGGCCAGCAUCAGAGCGAUAUCAGCAAUCGUAUGGUCAAGAAGCCCCAAAACAACCUCCUCCCAUUCCACAGAGACCACCACCGACUGCGAUGCCUGAUCCCUUGAGCCAAUUCAGAGACCGAGAUAGCUGGGCAGAUCCUCGACAGAGCAGUCCCUAUACGUCACACGGAGGUGAAAAGACCAACCCCUUUGACGGCAUCCCGCUGAACCGUGCCAAGAGCACUCGUGAAACCAACAACCAAGGCCAAUCUCCGGAUAAAGAGGCUUUCAAUCGCCAACGCAGCGCCAGUGUGCCACAGGGUGGUAAGAAUGACGAUGGUUCCUCAGAAUCCAGUGCUUCACAACCAUCCCCAAUACCUCGCGACCCUGCAGAUCGUCCCAAGGCUCCUCUGAAGAAGACUCGAAGUGGUUUCAAGAGCGUCCCUCUGGGACCCAACCAACAGGCUACUGAAUUUCCUGCAGCUGAAACGGCAACUGAUUCACCUGGCGGCCCAUCAAUGUAUGACAACCCAUCUUCUACAGCAUCUAAUCGCCCCUACUCGACAAGCUUCAGCAAGUGUCAGGGUCAUUAUGGGUUUGGAGUGUCGUCUACCGAGAGCUACUGCCCAUAUGCAACCCCAAAUAAGCAUUGUCGCCCGUCGCCAAGUGGUAGACAGGAUUCACCACAUCGAUUGACCCCAUUCGAGCGCCAGCAAAUGGAGUUUUUGGCAAAGCUCAUUGACAACGCGAGUCCUGGAAGCCCCGCUAGGAAAAGAAAGCACAAAGACCGCAGUUUGGACACUCCUGGCAUAUCGAAUCGCGCUAACACGGUGAACUUAAACAGCUUUAGUUUCCCUGUCGAGGAUGACACUUUUGCGCGAACAUCACCGGAUCUCCACCGAUUUAUGAGACGAAGUACUGACAAUAUCAACACUAGCUUCACCGAGGAAGAAGACCCGGUAGGGUGGGAGUUUAAUGCCGGAGGACCUGAGCAGGACAGCCCAACGAAGCCCCGGAAACAAGGCCGACGAUCGCCUGGGAAACGUCCCCAAAUGAGUGGAAAGAGUACGCCCAGUUUCGUAUCUGACUCCGAGAAGCCGGAUCCUGCUAAGCCUGAGUCGGCUUUUAACCCUGCUGGUUGGGAUUUUGGACCCCAAAAUUUUGUUCCUCAGCCGUCUAAAUCUGUGUCUCCAACUCGAUCUAGUCGAACAAGUUCCCGAAGACCUAAGGCCUCCAAAAAGACAAGUCAUGCGACUCUUGUGGAUGACAGCAGCAGCGAAGAGGAGGUUCUUGAAUGGCGUGGACGAAAGGUGCAAGAAGAGCCACCCAGUGCUGAGAGUCCCCAGGCUAUGGAUAUAGAUACUCCUCCCGUGUCGACCUCGAUGCCACCGCCUCGACCUCCCAAGGUUCCCUCCCCUCAACCAGCUCAAGCCAGAACUUCUCCUCAACCUAUCCAGACCCAACAGGCCGCUGAAGUCAAUCAGGGUCCAGGAACAGCCUCUAUGUCACAUGCCGCUCGAAAUAUCAAUGUUGAGCCCUCCAGACCAGAGUGGCGACCAGGCAAUGUGGACAGUGUGAACGGCAUUGAGCAGAGACCUGAAGACUCCAUGAAACCGUUCAAUCCCAACAACGUGGGAUCAGAGGAUAGUGAGGAGUUCCGUGCUAGCUUCGCUGAUCUCAGAAAUGUGGCCCCGUUUGCCCAGCAGAACUCAGGUCUGAGAUCAUUUGCUGAUUUGAAAGACACCCUGCCCUUCGAAAGCAAAGCUGCGCCUCAGAUUCCGAUGAAGCUCCCAAAGGUUCAUCCAUUGAUCUUUCCAGAUCCACCUGCAGCUCCUCAGCUUCCUGCGGCCGUUGCCGUCAACGGAGUUCAACCAAGCGCACUUUCUUGGGACAGUUAUGUGAAAGAUUUUGAAAAUUACUUGAAGCAAUGGGACAUGUUCAAUGCUCAAGUUGUUGACCAUUUUACCACGCGAAAAUCCCACAUUGCUCGUACUAGAGAAGAAAAGGGGUAUUCGUUCUUGGAGGCCCGGGGUGAUACCGACAUUCAAGAAUAUUACAACUGGAUUGAACAGGAUAUGGACGUUCGUCGACGCUGGACCGCCGCAUGCGAAGAGCACGAGCAACGAUUCCGAGAGUUCAUGGCGUUUCGAAUGAAGAUGAAGUAA